AUGAUGACACAGCUCCAGUUCAAAGAUGCCUUUUGGAACAGGGACUUCACAUCGCACACGGGCUAUGAGACGCUGCUGCAGAGGCUGCAGGAUGGGAGGAAGAUGUGCAAGGACGUGGAGGAGCUGCUGCGGCAGAGGGCCCAGGCUGAGGAGCGCUAUGGGAAGGAGUUGGUGCAGAUCGCUCGGAAAGCUGGCGGCCACACAGAGAUCAACUCGCUGAGGGCUUCCUUUGACUCCCUGAAGCAGCAAAUGGAGAGUGUGGGCAGCUCCCACAUCCAGCUGGCGCUGACCCUGCGGGAGGAGCUGCGAAGCCUGGAGGAGUUCCGGGAGCGGCAGAAGGAACAACGGAAGAAGUAUGAGGCUGUCAUGGACCGAGUCCAGAAGAGCAAACUGUCACUGUAUAAGAAGACCAUGGAGUCCAAGAAGACAUAUGAGCAGAAAUGCCGCGACGCAGAUGAUGCCGAACAGGUCCUGGAUCGCGUCAGCACCAGCGGCCCCCAGAAACAAGUGGAGAAGAGCCAGAACAAAGCCAAGCAGUGCAAGGAUGCAGCCAUGGAGGCAGAGCGGCUGUACCGGCAGCACAUCGAGCAGCUUGACAAGGUUCGAGGUGACUGGGAGCAGGAGCACCGAACCACAUGCGAGGCCUUCCAGCUGCAGGAGUCUGACCGGCUGAUCAUCCUGCGCAGCUCGCUGUGGACACACUGCAACCAGCUGUCCAUGCAGUGUGUCAAGGACGAUGAGCUCUAUGAGGAGGUGCGGCUGGUAUUGGAAGGCUGCAGCGUGGACGGUGACAUCGACGGUUUCAUCCAGGUCAAGAGCACUGGCACAGAGCCCCCAGCCCCGGUGUCCUACCAGAACUACUACGAUCGGGACGUGACCACCAGCCUAGGCAGCCCUGGCAUCCAGCCCUCCUGCGGCAUGAUAAAGAAGUUCUCAGGGCUGCUGCAAGGAAGCUCCAAGACCCCUGCUCAGGCACCUUCAGCAGAGCCAUCGGCCCCCAGCCUGGAGCGGAAUGAGGUUGUCUAUGCCUCCCUGUCUGGGCUCGAGGUGCCGGCCCGAAACUACCGAGCACUCUACAAUUACACAGCCCAGAAUGCCGAAGAGCUGGACAUGUCUGCGGGGGACAUCCUGGAGGUCAUCCUGGAGGGGGAGGACGGCUGGUGGACAGUGGAAAGAAAUGGGCAACGGGGCUUUGUCCCUGGCUCUUACUUGGAGAAGCUCUAAGUAUGGGCAGCAGAUCCACCUGGACCUGCCCUGCCCAUGGGGCCAGCAGGGUCCCUGUCCUCUGCCCAGCCCAUCCCCAGGCCCCAGGGCUGCAGGCUGCUGGGUGCUCAGGUGUUGGAAUAAAGUCUGCAUCCUCUCU